UUUGCAUUAAAUGUACAUCAGUCACUGUGGAUGGGUAUGUGUGAUAUUCAGAGGAAAUUGAGACAGCUAAUGAUGGAAAAAUUACAGAAUAGCAUGGAUCCUCUUUAUUAUACCUUAGGUACUUAGGUUUUUUGUCUAACAGACCUUGCUUAUCCAGAUAAUAAUAUAACUUUUUUCUUUAUGUUAUCUUUAUAUUCCUUAUAUAACAACAAAGAUAGUUAGGGGGCUGGAGGCUAAAACAUGAAAAAUAGUUGCAGGAAUUGGGUAUGUCUAGUCUAGUGAAAAGAAGGACUAGCGGUGACAUUAUCACUAGAGGUGACAAUAUUUGAGGGGCUGCCACAGGGAAAGGGGGGGUCAACUUAUUCUCCAAAGCAUCUGAAGGCAAGACAUGAAGUAAUGGAUGAAACUAAUCAAGGAGAGAACCAACCUAGAGCUAAGAAAUUUCUUGACAGUGAAAACAAUCAUAGAACAUCUUGCCUCCAAGUUGUGGGUGCUCCAUUACUGGAGAUUUUUAAAGAAGAGGUUAGACAGCCAUUUGUCUGAAAUGACAUAUGGUCUCCUGCUUGAGCAGGGGGUUGGGAUAGAAGACCUCUAAGGUCCCUUCCAAGUCUGUUAUUCUCCUAAUUUGCCAUGUGGCAUAUUAUUCUAGUGACAAAGUUAACUGUUACUUCUUUGAAUUAUGAGUUUAUAUGAUUGGUGAUUUGGCCUGGAAAAUUUUCUGAAUAUCACUGUUAUUUCCUUCAGCAAGUUGGACACCAAUAGUCCUUGAGUUACGACUGCAGUUGGGACUGGAAUUUCUCUUACUAAGCAAUGUGGUUAUAAGGCACCAUGCUAUGUGACCACAUCAUUUGAAGAUGGCAUUCCUGUUUGCUGUUGUUAACCAAAUCCCACCAAUUAUAAGCCCACCCUGACCCAAGCUCUUCCUGCUUGGGACAUUCUAGUCCUGAGACUGUUAUUCAAAGGGAAUGCUUUGCAGAAAAGAUAAGAACAAUAACUAUUUCCUCACUGUAUGUCCACUUCUUUACUCAUGGCAUACAGUGUUCCAUAGCAUCUGAGAUUUGGAGAGAAGCAGUAACCUCAGGGACCUUGGACCAUUAUGGCAACAAGCUACACACCUCCAUUUGAUGAUCCCGGGGAGGUGAGAGAGGGCUUCCUAUGCCCCCUGUGUCUGAAGGAUCUGCAGUCUUUUCAACAGCUCCAAUCUCAUUAUGAAGAACAUUCAAGUGAAGACAGAGAUGUUAAAGGACAAUUAAAGAGUCUUGUUCAAAAAGCAAAAAAAGCAAAAAAUAAACUGUUGAGACGAGAUGAUGACCGAAAUGAUGGGGGGUCUCAGGAACGAUAUGAAAGCUACAGUUAUGGUGGAAUGGAUCCAUAUAUGUGGGAACUCGAAGAAUUAGGUGCUAUAAGGAGUCAUCUUUCUGAUUUUAAGAAACACAGAGCAGCCAGAAUUGAUCACUAUGUUGUGGAAGUCAAUAAAUUAAUAAUCAGGUUAGAAAAGCUUACUUCCUUUGACAGAACAAUUACAGAUUCUGCAAAAAUAAGAGCAAUAGAGAAAUCUGUCGUGCCUUGGGUUAAUGAUCAAGAUGUACCCUUUUGUCCAGACUGUGGUAACAAAUUCAGCAUACGGAACAGGCGCCAUCACUGCCGCCUCUGUGGGUCUAUCAUGUGCAAGAAGUGCAUGGAACUGGUCAGUCUCCCCUUUGCAAGCAAGCUUACGACUGCUAGCAAGGAAGUCUUGGCCUCUCAUACUAGCCCCAGCUGCUCACCCAAUAGCAUCCAGGGCUCUCGACGAGGUAGCAUCAGUAGUAUAAGCAGCGUCAGUUCUGUUUUGGAUGAAAAGGAUGAUGAUCGAAUCCGUUGCUGUAGACAUUGUAAAGAUACACUGCUCAAAAGGGAACAACAGAUUGAUGAAAAAGAAUAUAUACCAGAUAUUGUGAAACUAUAUGAGAAACUCCGAUUUUACAUGGAAAAAGUUGACCAGAAGGCUCCAGAAUACAUAAAGAUGGCAGAAUCAUUAAAUGCUGGAGAGACAACAUACAGUCUUGACCGUGCUAGCAAUCUUAGAAUAGAAGUGCAGAGAAUGUAUGAAUUAAUAGAUGCUUUAAGCAAGAAGAUUCUGACUUUAGGGCUGAAUGAAGAUCCACAACCUCAUCCCAGAACUUUACAGCUUCAGCGGAUGAUUAGAUAUUCAGCCACACUUUUUGUUCAGGAAAAAUUGCUUGGCCUAAUGUCUUUACCAACCAAAGACCAGUAUGAAGAACUGAAAGAGAAAAAGAAACAGGAGUUGGAGAGAAAACUGCAAAUGGAGAGACUGGUGAAAUAUGAAUCCCAGAGACGACAAGAAGAGAAGCCAGCAGACUACACUUCCAGAUCCUUAGCAGCGUCCAAUGGUGAGGUCCAUCGAACAAAAAGGGUCGCAGUGAAGAAAACUGAAGGAUGGCUACCCACUGCUAGCAUAUCUCGGAACCAGGAACUGGCAGACCCACUUCUUCAACAGAUCGAUAAUAUCACCUCCUUUAUUAAGCAGGCAAAGGAAGCCAAUCGUCUGGACGAAGUCCAGAUGCUGCAGGAGAACCUGCGACAGCUUCAGGACGAGUACGACCAACAGCAGACGGUCAAAGCCAUUGAGCUCUCUAAAAAGCAAGCGGAGAUGGAGGAGAUGCAGAGAGAACAAUUGCAGAUACUUUGUGAAAAGGAAUGGAAAAGGGAUCAUAAAAAAAAGAUGUCUCAACAUUCACGGACACGUUCUCUGGAUUUCAGAGAGGUUAAGCAGGACAAACUCGAGAUGGAGAGGGAAAGCAUAAACCAAAUAGCAGAGGCUUUGGAUCUAGAUAUGCUUCAGGACAAAGAUUACGCUGGCUCCAAGGCUGCUUUCCCCAGUGAUGGUGUGGGAUUGCCAGGUAGCAAGAAUCUGGUUUUGGUUUACCAACCUGUAAAAGCCUCAGAGCAUGAAAAAGCCUCCAUAAAUCCCUUUGAAGAUCCUCUACUGAUUAGCCCUCCAAAGAGCGACUCUGAUAGCUCUGUUGUCAAAAACUCUGCAAUAGCUUCGUUGCCUCCCAAUGCCCUGCACAGUUACAAAAGAGAGUACAAUCCAUUUGAUGAAGAGGAGGAGCAGGAGCAGGAGCAGGAGCAGGAGGAUUCUCAGCAGGCAAACGGGGUAGAGCUCAGUGCUCCAAACCCAUUUGAAGAUUCUGUGGCAAAUGCAUUUUGUACACCUGUGGGUAAUCAGGAAUCUGGGAAUCCAUUUGAAGAAUCAGUCUCUUCCUCUUUGAAUCCUUUUGAAGUUGAAAGUGAUAAUGAAGUUUCAGGGGAAGAUAUCAUAGAGGAGGAAUUACUUCUCCAACAGAUUGAUAAUAUCAAAGCAUAUAUUUUUGAUGCCAAACAAAGUGGACGAAUGGAUGAGAUAGAAGUAUUGACUGAGAAUUUGAAAGAACUUAAGAGCACCCUUGCAAAACAGAAGAAGAAAUCGAGCUGCUGAACUAUGCCCGCAUACUUUUGCAGUUCCCAAAGGGAGGGAAGAUCAAGGUAAAAUGAGAAAUAUAUCACAAAAGGCGCUUGGGUGCUGAAUCAAGCUUAGGCACUUUGGUAUAGGGAUUUCCACUCUUCAGAUCCAUAAAAGUCAACACUAUUUAAAAUGUUAUAAUUACCCGAAACAGUUCUUCAAAACACUUAAAAGUCUGUAUUUGUAUCCCAACCCAAACUUAGGAGCACAGUUGUAUUUCUCAGUACCUGCUUUAUCUGUGAUGAAAAAUUCAAAGGGGGAAAUUGGGCAUUUUAAAAUGCAGGUAAUUAUUUGCAGUCCUCAAGACCUUCUGAAUUUAUUUUCUGUCACCAGGUAGGAUUGUAUGUGCUUCAAAAAAAGAAAGAAAAGAAUUGCUUGAAAUCACCUCUUUGCUUCCUAAGGCAGAAGCAACUUUUUUUUUCUUUACAUUUAUAUCCCGCCCUUCUCCGAAGACUCAGGGCGGCUUACAUUGUGUAAGCAACCUGGAAAAGCUUUUACUGCUUUCAAAGAAACGUGCUCACAGGAGCCCAAAGCAUUUAUUCAGAAUCGUUUUUGAAUCUUGCACAGCCCAGCUCACAAGGAAUUAAUACUGUCUUGCAGAUUUUCAGUUUUCCUACCAACUUUAUAUUUUGGGGAAGUAGAAGAGAGACAAUAACUUACCGUUCAAUAGAAUAAAGUCAUGCAUUGGUAAAGCAACAUAUAUAUUUCUAAAAACAUAUGCACAUAUAUGUUUUAGAAAACAAAUGCAUAAAACGUAACUAGACAUCAUGUAUAUUUUUUCCUUUACCUGUUCUUCAGCCAAUCAAACUAUUUGAAUAGCUUUUCCCAGCCAAUUCUAGACUGUACUUUUAUAAGGAUGUUGAAAUUUUGAGUCUCAAAACUACAUAAUUUCCAGGCUUGUAGAAGUGUCAUAAUAGAAAAACUGUUUUCUGCUUGCAAAAAUUAGAAAAUUUGCACCCAGAACUGUGCUUUGAGGGGAGCCAUCCUGGAUGGCUAUUUAAGAGUAUAAAUUAAAAACCAGAAGUCCAUUUUUCUUUCUAAUUUGAUUUCUCUCUAGGAUUUAAGGAAAUGUUGAGUCUAGAAUUGAAAAAAAAGUGCCCAGAGUAUAAGAGAGACCAACACGAACUCAUUUCAGAAAAAGAAAAAAGUGUCAGUGUUGAUAUACUACCUCCAUUUGUUGUGUGGAGGAUUUGUGUGAACCCUAUUACAUUAAAUGGAGGCUAUGAAAUUCUUUUUUUCUUCUAUUGAUCUGCCAGCUACGAACAGAAACUUUAGAAGUGUUAAAUAAUGUCUGGUUUCAGUUGUAUGGAAUGAAUUUUAUUUAGUUGCAUUUUAUUAUUUUGGUGACAUAAACCAAUUUUAAUUGUUUACACCAGAAGAACUUACUCGGAGAGUAUUAUGUACUUAGGGGAAUGGGAAGAAGACCCAAGCAUUAAUCAUUAAUUUGAUUUUGACAAUUGUUUCCAUUUAGAAAUGCUGGUAGAGAUGAUACUGUACCCAAUAUAUGUGGACACUAAAUGUUACAUUCCUCAAAAGAUUAGAGGUAGUAUGGUCAAGAACUAAGGCAGCACUUUACACUUUCAGCAUUAAGUAUUACAUGUUAUUCAUAUGCGUAUAUAUAUAUUUCCUUUUUAGCAGGGAAAAACUACCUAGCUUUGAUUUCAUGCUCAGCGACAAGCCUGUUUUAAUGAAUCCUGUAAAAACUGAGCUGAAACACUGCCCAUCGGGUUAUAUAAGUCUAAGGAUACUUGUUUUUGAGGGUUGUUUUUUUUAAAAAAGGGAGCAUUCUGGAAAUGAACUUACAAUGCACUAAACAGGACAUGAGUUGGAACAUAAAAAUAAGUGAUAAAAUAUUUUUAAAAAUGGACACCUACAAAUUGAGCAAGCAGAAAUGGCAUGAUGAUUGUUUAAGGUGAAACUAUAUUUAUUAAAGACAACAAGGCCACAAACUUGAUCUGUCACUCUUUAUGUAGUCCAACCAAUAUGAAUGUUUCAGUGGCUUUUUUUUUUUAAAUUUAAACCGAUUUCCUUGUUAUAUGCAUUCUGCCUUGUUUCUAUGUAUGCCAUAGUCUAAUACUUUAUAAGACAUAGUAUUGAUGUAUUUUAUUAAUAAAUACGUUGGUUGUAGCUCUAUAACCGCAAGUCAAUGUGGAAUUAUCCUCCUUGAUAAUCCAAUUGUCCCACAUUUUGUCAGCCUUCCGUUUCUACUACUGAAUUGACCCAAUGAAAAUGAACAAGACCAUGCCAUUAUGAGAUUUAACACUAAUGCCAUUUGUUUGUACAUUUGCAUGCACUAGUUUGUAAAGUUUCUCAUGAAAUAAAGUACGAUUUUUGUUUC